AUGGCUUCCCUUCUUUCAACUUCACCAAUUGCUUUACUUACCCUUCCUCACAGUGCUCCCAUAGUCAAAUGCAGCACAAGGCAGAUUAGCUUCUCUAAUAUUAGUGGUCCGUCUGGAUCUCUAAGAUUGGUGCCAAAGGUCCAAAUCUCAAAGGCAGCAACAAGAUCAUCUCCACUCUCUCGUUGCUUCAAAACAACAAUUUCAUGCUGCAUAGCUCAACCAGAAACUCUGCAAAUUGUUCAAAGCACCAUUGCAAAGCAACUGUCCAUUGAUGAAAGCGCAGUGACUCCCGAAACCAAAUUCGCUGACUUGGGUGCCGACUCCCUUGACACUGUUGAAAUUAUGAUGGCUCUGGAAGAGAAGUUUAGCGUGUCAAUUGGAGAAGGGGGAGCUGAGAAUAUUGCAAGUGUUCAAGACGCUGCUGAUCUGAUUGAGAAAGUGAAGGCACCUGCAGCAUAGACAAAAUCAAUACAUCUAAAAAUGUAGUCACUAGUACAAGCCAGCAUAAUUAGCUAAGGAAGUGUCCCUCUGCCUGAUGACGAUUUUUGUUUCUGCUUUUUCAUGCCCUUAUUUGUGGUUUUUGUUUCAAUCAAGCCUGAGACUUUGUUGAGCCGAAC